UGGUAAUUGUGGUUUAUUCUUCUAAUCGGUUGGUAAAUGCUUCCAUAUAAUCUAGCCACAUGUUCUUUGUUGAUGAUGUGCUUAUCGUUUUUGACGGAUUGUGGAAUUUUAAUUUCCAUGAUCAUGUUUUUUCCGCGAAAUUUAUUUUCAUUUGCUGUGGAAGUCAUUGAGUAAUGUCAAAUAACAAUCAUUAGAAACACAAGUGAGAAGACCAAGCGAUCUACCACUACGUCAGUUACAUUGAUGAAUAAUAUUUAAAAAUGGAAUGUAUUUGGAAUGAAUUAGAAAAAUUCUAUGGAUCACAAGUAGCAACAUAUUGUAAAGGCAAGAACUUAAUACUUGAGAAAAUAAAAUGUGGUGCAAUUAAAUUGCAUAAUUGUGCGGAUCUUAUGGAAUGUUCAAGAAUUUUACAAGAUGAAAAAGAACAACCCUUAUUUUCUGAUUUUUUGGCAUCACAGUUUGGUAUUUCAAAACUGCCAUCGAAAAAAGAAACUUUAAGUAAUGAGAGAAAAAUCAAAGAAGAAAAUAAUCCUUAUCUUAGAAAUAUAAAUUUAAAAGUUGUAUUAAAAGAAAAAUCUAAUUUCAUAUCAACUAAACCUGUUUCGAACAAUUGUAUUCUUGAUACAGCCCUAUUUGUUAGAGACAUAUAUAAUGAUAUAAUUAAGAUGAAAGUGAAUAGAUUUGAUGAUACAGAAGUCGACCAGAAUUAUUCUAAUCAGUUAAUGUUUAUCUUGAAAAAUUUUCAAAAAAAACAUAAGAAUUAUUCAUAUAAUUUUCAUUUAAAUAAUAUAUUGGAAAAGAAAAAUACAAGAGGAUAUUAUGGCACAUUAACACAGUCAUGGAAACAAAUUGAUGAAAUUGAAAUAGACAUAAAAAAAAUUAAUUAUUUUUUUAAUAAUAUUUUAAUUAAAGUAGUGCCUUUGGAAUUAUUUGGUUCCUACAAAAAUAUAGAAGUUAUUCGCAAGCUGAUUUAUUGCAUUCUUAAGAGUGCAAGAUUUCAACCAAUAUAUUUAAAAUCAUACAUUAAUAGGUUAAAUAUUGACAAAAUUGAGUGGUUGAAAUCUUUUAAAGAGGAAUCGGUUAAGUGGCUCAUUAUCAGUAAAUUAAUUUAUUGGUUCAUUAACAAAUAUAUAUUAUUAAUUGUUAAUAGGAAUUUUUUUUUAACAGUACAUCCUGCUGCCAUUGGCAAAAGGUUGUACAUUAAAAAUGGUAAAUGGAAAACUAUAAGAAAACAUUUUGUCAAAGACAGAAUCAACAAAAAAGUUUUUAUUAAUGUUUUUGAGAACAAAUGGCUUUCUCCAAAAAGCGAAUUCAGGCUUUUUCUAAAACACUCUGGUUUGAGACCAAUAGCGAAAACUAGUUAUACUAGCAAAGAAGAAGAUCAUAUGACUAUAUUAUUGAAAUUCUUAAGACAGCUGUGCGUUACACAUUACGGGUUGGCAUCAAUGUCACAAUUUCGAGAUAAAUAUAAAGCUAUCGUUUAUAAAAGAAAUAAUUAUGAUUGCAAUAAAAUGUGGCUAGUAUCUUGUGACAUAGAUGAUGCUUUUAGUUCAAUACGAUUAGAUAAAUUAAAUAAUAUAAUCAAAAUUUUGUGUGAAAAUCUUCCAAAUAAAUUGGGCCUUAAAUGGAUGGCAUUUUUGCCUAUUAAAAGUAAAACUGGAAAUUUAAGAUUUGAACAAUAUUUUGUUGAUUUGUAUGUAGCACUACCGAUUGGAACAAUUCAUGCUCCUACGACUAUAAGUAUGAGUAAAACGCAUAUUACUCAUAUAAUGAAGCAGAAUUUGUUAGACGAUAUAAAUAAGUGCAUAUUUGGUCAAAAAAUAGAAAUAAAGAAAAAAAAAUAUUUAUUAAAUAAAGGUAUUCUACAGGGUACGAUUCUUUCAAAUGUAUUUUCUGAUAUAUAUUAUAAUUACAUAUAUCAUCAGCGAAUGUCUGAAUUUAUGCAAUCCGGCAUAUUAUUUCGAUAUGUAGAUGAUACAUUGUAUAUAACUGAAAAUAGAGAGUCUGCUGAGAAAUUUAUGGAAACAAUAAACAAAGGAUUUCCUGAAUACAAUUGCAGCUUCAAACAAUCCAAAAUACAGACUAAUUUGCCUCAUAAAAAUAAUUAUACUACGAAUGAAAUAAAAUUCUUAGGAUAUAAAAUAAAUUGUGAUAGUUUGGAAUCUUUACCAUAUUUUAAAAAUGCUCAUCCUUCUCAUUUAUUUACACUUGCUAUGAAAAAUAAGAAAUGCGAAGAUGCUACUACGAUGUUCAAACAAAGAAUUACUAAUCACUCAUAUCUUAGAUUAUCAAAAAUUAUAUUAUAUGAUCCAACUAAGUGUAUACAUCGUUUAACAGUUUUUGUAAAACAAAUAUCUAUUAUGCAAGCAUGGCGAGCUCUUAUGUUUAUACAAAAACUAUUUGGUGAUACACAUAAAUUAUAUACAAAUUAUCAAAAGAUUUUUCUUAUUAUUAAGAUAAGUAACAGAAAAAUUGUAACAGCCAUUUUAAAUCAUUGUAUGGAAGAUAUACAAAAGAAAAGUAAUUUUAAUGGAAACAAAAUGAAACAAAAAAUUUUUAUAUCAUUGUGGACUGCAUACAAACGAAUAUUUUCCAAUGAUACAGUUAUAUAUAAGAUAUUUAUUGAUUUAAUCGAAAAAGAAAUGGAAAAUCGGCGGAGAUACAUCGGAAAAAAAUAUAUGGCCUAACCCACAAGAACAUAUCGGCGAUUUCUUCAUAAAUAUCAUUUUUUUUUUUUUAUAAAAAACUUUACAUGUAUAAAAUGUACAUCUAAAACACUAA